AUGGGGCUGGCUCAAGCAUGGGGCUGGCUCAAGCAUGGGGCUGGCUCAAGCAUGGGGCUGGCUCAAGCAUGGGGCUGGGUCAAGCAUGGGGCUGGCUCAAGCAUGGGGCUGGCUCUAGCAUGGGGCUGGCUCAAACAUGGGGCUGGCUCAAGCAUCAAGCAUGAGGCUGGCUCUAGCAUGGGGCUGGCUCUAGCAUGGGGCUGGCUCAAGCAUGGGGCUGGCUCAAGCAUGGGGCUGGCUCAAGCAUGGGGCUGGCUCAAGCAUGGGCCUGGCUCUAGCAUGGGGCUGGCUCAAGCAUCAAGCAUGGGGCUGGCUCUAGCAUGGGGCUGGCUCAAGCAUGGGGCCCGCUCAAGCCAUGGGGCUGGCUCAAGCAUCAAGCAUGGGGCUGGCUCUAGCAUGGGGCUGGCUCUAGCAUGGGGCUGGCUCAAGCAUGGGCCUGGCUCUAGCAUGGGGCUGGCUCAAGCAUCAAGCAUGGGGCUGGCUCUAGCAUGGGGCUGGCUCAAGCAUGGGGCUGGCUCAAGCAUGGGGCUGGCUCUAGCAUGGGGCUGGCUCAAGCAUGGGGCUGGCACAAGCAUGGGGCUGGCUCAAGCAUGGGGCUGGCUCAAGCAUGGGGUCGACUCAAGCAUUGGGGCUGGCUCAAGCAUGGGGCUGGCUCAAGCAUGGGGCUGGCUCAAGCAUGGGGUUGGCUCUAGCAUGGGGCUGGCUCUAGCAUGGGGCUGGUUCAAGCAUGGGCCUGGCUCUAGCAUGGGGCUGGCUCAAGCAUCAAGCAUGGGGCUGGCUCUAGCAUGGGGCUGGCUCAAGCAUGGGGCUGGCUCAAGCAUGGGGCUGGCUCAAGCAUGGGGCUGGCUCAAGCAUGGGCAUGGGGCUGGCUCUAGCAUGGGGCUGGCUCAAGCAUGGGGCUGGCUCAAGCAUGGGGCUGGCUCAAGAAUGGGCCUGGCUCUAGCAUGGGGCUGGCACAAGCAUGGGGCUGGCUCAAGCAUGGGGCUGGCUCAAGCAUCAUGCAUGGGGCUGGCUCUAGCAUGGGGCUGGCUCAAGCAUGGGGCUGGCUCUAGCAUGGGGCUGGCUCAAGCAUCAAGCAUGGGGCUGGCUCAAGCAUCAAGCAUGGGGCUGGCUCAAGCAUGGGGCUGGCUCAAGCAUCAAGCAUGGGGCUGGCUCAAGCAUGGGCAUGGGGCUGGCUCUAGCAUGGGUCUGGCUCAAGCAUCAAGCAUGGGGCUGGCUCAAGCAUCAAGCAUGGGGCUGGCUCAAGCAUGGGGCUGGCUCAAGCAUCAAGCAUGGGGCUGGCUCAAGCAUGGGGCUGGCUCAAGCAUCAAGCAUGGGGCUGGCUCAAGCAUCAAGCAUGGGGCUGGCUCAAGCAUGGGGCUGGCUCAAGCAUCAAGCAUGGGGCUGGCUCAAGCAUGGGGCUGGCUCAAGCAUGGGGCUGGCUCUAGCAUGGGGCUGGCUCAAGCAUGGGGCUGGGUCAAGCAUGGGGCUGGCUCAAGCAUGGGGCUGGCUCUACCAUGGGGCUGGCUCAAACAUGGGGCUGGCUCAAGCAUCAAGCAUGGGGCUGGCUCUAGCAUGGGGCUGGCUCUAGCAUGGGGCUGGCUCAAGCAUGGGGCUGGCUCAAGCAUGGGGCUGGCUCAAGCAUGGGGCUGGCUCAAGCAUGGGCCUGGCUCUAGCAUGGGGCUGGCUCAAGCAUCAAGCAUGGGGCUGGCUCUAGCAUGGGGCCCGCUCAAGCAUGGGGCCCGCUCAAGCAUGGGGCUGGCUCAAGCAUGGGGCUGGCUCUAG